GACGCAGGCGGUGAGUUAAAGAGGCGCGAGGGCGGUGUCGGGGUUCUGGAGCGCGUGAAAGGUCCACACAAACCUCAUUUCACGGCAGUUCAGCUCGCUUUCCGGCCGACUCUGUGCUUUAGAUCCAGCAGAAAGAGCAGGGUGAGAGAGGAGACAGUGGACCAGAGGCCAACGGGGAUGAUUAUACAGGGUCGCAGCUAUGCAGUUGCAGGAGUGGUUUCGUUCCUUUUGUCUCAGCGGCAGUGAUUUAGGGAUCACUGAAAUAACAGAUCUCCCGAGUCUGCUUUCCUCCCUGGCGCUGUCUCCUCCCUCUCUCCUUGGGCUCGGAGCCGUGGCCUCGCUCACGGCGUACUGGCUGGUGACCCGCCCUCGCGCCAUCCGGUCUCCGUGUGACCUGAAGGCUCAGUCUGUACCUGUGCAGGGAGACGCCAAUUGCAGACGGUCCGCCUUGCUGAAGGAUGACAAUCUACUCGACUUCUACUAUGAAGAUAUCAAGACGGUGUAUGACAUGUUUCAGAGAGGCUUGAGAAUCGCAGGUGAUGGGCCGUGCCUUGGCUUUCGGAAACCGGGAAGGCCGUACCAGUGGAUCUCCUACACUGAGGUAGCAGAGAGGGCGCAGGUGCUGGGCUCUGGUCUCCUGGCCAAAGGAUGUAAGCCUACUCCUAAACAGUUUGUCGGCAUCUUUGCCCAGAACAGGCCAGAGUGGGUUAUUACAGAGUUGGCCUGCUACACCUUCUCCAUGGCGUUAGUGCCUCUGUAUGACACACUGGGUCAGGAGGCCAUGGUGCACAUCCUCAACCUGGCGGAGAUCUCUCUGGUGGUCUGUGAUAAAGAGGAGAAAGCAGAGUCUCUGUUGAUGAACAAGGAGAAAGGAGUGACUCUGACUCUGUCCUGUCUGGUGCUCUUUAACUCUGUGAGCGCCGCCCUGGUGGAGAGAGGGAAGAACUGUGGUGUGGAGAUUUUGCAGCUCGAACAGCUCAUGGAUGUGGGCAGGGAAAAUCUCCAGGCUCCAGUGCCUCCUGAGUCUAAGGACCUUGCUGUUGUGUGUUUCACCAGUGGAACUACAGGAAAGCCAAAAGGAGCCAUGAUCACGCAUGGCAACAUCGCCUCCAACGUGUCCUCAGCUAUUAAAGUUCUAGAGGGCUUUUUCGAGUUUCGCCAGGAGGACGUGUCGAUCUCGUACCUGCCCCUCGCUCACAUGUUCGAACGCAUGCUUCAGGUGUCGAUGUUCUGUCAUGGAUCGCGCGUGGGCUUCUACCAGGGUGACAUCUCGCUGCUCAUGGACGACAUUAAAACUCUGAAGCCCACCUUCUUCCCUGUGGUGCCCCGCGUACUCAACCGUAUCUACGAUAAGAUUCAGGGUUCAGUGACAUCCGUGUUAAGGAGGGCCAUCCUACACUACGCUGUGCGCAGGAAACAGGCCGAGCUGAACAACGGAAUCGUCCGGAAUGACAGUGUGUGGGACAGACUGGUUUUCCACAAGAUCCAGGCCAGUCUGGGAGGAAACCUGCGCUUCAUCAUGACGGCUUCAGCUCCCAUCUCGCCCACAGUGCUGUCCUUCCUCCGAGCCGCCCUCGGCUGCCUGAUAUUCGAGGGCUACGGUCAGACUGAGUGCACGGCUGGGUGUACGUUCUCUAUGCCUGGAGACUGGAGCGCAGGCCACGUCGGUGCUCCUCUUCCUUGUUCCAUGGUGAAACUGACCGACAUUCCAGACAUGAACUAUUAUGCCAAGAGCGGACAGGGAGAGAUCUGUAUUCGGGGCCCCGGUGUAUUUCAGGGUUACCUGAGGGACGACGAAAGGACGGCUGAGGCUCUGGACAGUGACGGCUGGCUGCACACAGGGGAUGUGGGACAGUGGCUGCCGAACGGGACUCUUCGCAUCAUCGACAGAAAGAAGAACAUCUUUAAACUGUCUCAGGGAGAAUACAUCGCUCCAGAGAAGAUCGAGAAUGUCUACAUGCGCUGCGUACCUGUGCUCCAGGUGUUUGUGUAUGGAGACAGUCUACAGUCUUAUCUAAUAGGCAUCGUGGUCCCAGACCCGGAAGUGUUUGUUAACUGGGUCAAAGAGAGAGGAAUUGUGGGAUCGUACGAAGAGCUCUGUCAGAAUCCUGAUGUGAAGAAAGCUGUGCUGGAGGACAUGACUGCAGUGGGGAAGGAAGCAGGACUGAAGUCUUUUGAGCAGGUGAAAGAUUUGUAUCUGCACCCCGAGAUGUUCAGCAUCAGUAACGGACUCCUCACUCCCACCCUGAAAAGCAAGCGAAUGGACCUGCGCCGUGUCUUCAGCGAGCAGAUCUCACACAUGUACAGCAAGUCGGCCAUGUAGAGACUCGGGCCAGGCUUCUGAAUUUUAUUAUUAACUUUUUUUUUUUAAGCUAACUGUAGAAUCCAUGCUGAACUGUAAAUGCUUUACUGAUGAGCUAGAUAAUGCACAGUAGCGUAACUACUUCUGAUGUAUAAAUAAGAGCAUAAAGACAAGGUGAGGAAACAAAGCUGGUUUGAAGGAUAUAGUUUUGGGGUUCUAACGUCUCUUAACUCAUGCAUGACUUCCCCCCCCCUUCAUAUUUACAAGCAUGCGCCAAUUCCUUGGGUCACUCUGAACUUUGACCCUGACCGAACACUUGUCCUUUCAGCUGGAAAUCAGUAGAGCGUAAACGUAAAUCACAUUCAUCCGUCCGCUAUAAGAGGAAAAAGAUGACAUCCAUUUCAUGCUGCUGUAAUGAGUGAUGUUUGUUAAAUAGUUCUUGAUCACAUUUGUUUUUAUUUCGUUAAACGCAGAGGUCGCAAGUUCAUGGCUUAAUCUAUGGAACAUGGACAGGUAAUUUCUCACAUUCGGAACAAACGUGUAAUUUAUGCACUGUGCAUUAUUUAAAAAAAAAACAAAAAACUGUAAAUGUGGACGUUUAGCUGUACAUAUUGAGACUUAAACCUGCAGAUUAUGAAAUAUUCCACUAAUUCCAAUCAGGGGAGAGAUGUACUGUAUUUUAUGCAUGUCUCUUAUCAAGCAGAUGAAUAAAGAUAAUACAUUUUAA